AUGUCCAACAACCCUCUGAUCCUGUUCUGUCUUGUUGACGGAGAGGCUACCACCAACGCGUUCCCUGUCGAGAUCGAGUCAACCAAGACCAUCGGCGACCUCAAGGAGGUCAUUUUGGCCAAGAAGACCAACCGCUUUCAUGAUCUCAUUAUGACCAAGAAGACCAAUCGCUUUCAUAAUGUUGAUGCAGACGAGCUCACCCUCUGA